AUGGGAAAUUUUCGGCCUGAUCUCUGUCGUGAAGAUGCUGAGCCUUCCUUGGUGAACACUAUGGUGCUGUUCCACAAACCAGUUUGCUGUUUUGUGGUUCAUAAGAGAUGCCAUGAGUUUGUUACCUUCUCUUGCCCUGGGGCUGACAAGGGACCUGACACUGAUGAUCCCAGAAGCAAGCACAAAUUUAAGAUCCACACAUAUGGGAGCCCGACCUUCUGUGACCACUGUGGGUCACUGCUUUAUGGGCUUCUGCACCAAGGGAUGAAAUGUGACACCUGUGAUAUGAACGUUCAUAAGCAAUGCGUAAUAAACGUCCCGAGCCUCUGUGGCAUGGAUCACACGGAGAAAAGGGGAAGGAUUUAUCUGAAAGCUGAAGUCACGGGUGACAAACUGGAAGUAACAGUGCGGGAAGCGAAAAACCUAAUUCCCAUGGAUCCAAACGGACUUUCAGAUCCUUAUGUUAAACUGAAGCUCAUCCCAGAUCCUAAGAAUGAAAGUAAACAAAAAACAAAAACCAUCCGUUCUACUUUGAAUCCAGACUGGAAUGAGUCAUUCACAUUUAAAUUGAAACCUACAGACAAAGAUCGACGGUUAUCCGUAGAGGUCUGGGACUGGGAUCGAACAACCAGAAACGAUUUCAUGGGAUCUCUUUCAUUUGGGGUGUCAGAGCUUAUGAAAAUGCCAGCCAGUGGAUGGUACAAGCUGCUGAAUCAAGAAGAAGGUGAAUAUUAUAAUGUUCCAAUUCCAGAUGCUGAUGAAGAUGGAAAUGCUGAGCUCCGGCAGAAGUUUGAGAAAGCCAAACUCGGGCCAGCUGGUAACAAAGUCAUUACUCCAACAGAAGACAAGAACUCAAGUGUGCCAUCCAACAAUCUGGACAGGGUGAAGCUGACAGAUUUCAACUUUCUCAUGGUUCUUGGAAAGGGGAGCUUUGGGAAGGUGAUGCUGGCAGACAGGAAGGGGACAGAAGAGCUCUAUGCAAUCAAAAUACUGAAAAAAGAUGUGGUUAUUCAGGAUGAUGAUGUUGAAUGUACAAUGGUUGAAAAACGAGUUCUGGCACUGCAAGAUAAACCACCGUUCCUGACACAGCUUCACUCUUGUUUCCAAACAGUUGACCGUCUGUAUUUUGUUAUGGAGUACGUGAAUGGUGGUGAUCUCAUGUAUCACAUUCAGCAAGUAGGAAAAUUUAAGGAGCCACAAGCAGUGUUCUACGCAGCUGAGAUCUCAGUUGGGUUAUUCUUUCUCCAUAACAGAGGGAUUAUUUAUAGAGAUCUGAAAUUAGAUAACGUGAUGUUGGAUUCAGAAGGACACAUUAAAAUUGCUGAUUUUGGGAUGUGCAAAGAACACAUGUUAAAUGGAGUGACAACCAGGACCUUCUGCGGCACUCCAGACUACAUUGCACCAGAGAUUAUUGCUUACCAGCCCUACGGGAAGUCGGUGGAUUGGUGGGCGUAUGGAGUGCUGCUCUAUGAGAUGUUGGCUGGCCAGCCUCCAUUUGAUGGAGAAGAUGAAGAUGAACUUUUCCAGUCCAUAAUGGAGCAUAAUGUUUCCUAUCCAAAAUCGCUGUCCAAAGAAGCUGUCUCCAUCUGCAAGGGGCUAAUGACUAAACAUCCUGCAAAACGCCUUGGCUGUGGCCUUGAAGGUGAAAGAGACAUCAGGGAACAUGCUUUCUUCAGGAGAAUCGACUGGGAAAAACUGGAAAACAGAGAGAUUCAGCCACCUUUCAAACCUAAAGUGUGUGGCAAAGGUGCUGAAAACUUCGAUAAAUUCUUCACACGAGGACAGCCGGUGUUAACACCUCCGGAUCAGCUGGUCAUUGCUAACAUAGACCAAACAGAUUUUGAAGGGUUCUCUUACGUCAACCCCCAGUUUCUACACCCCCUUUUACAAAAUGUAGCAUGA